CUCUCCCUUACCUAAAGAAGCAUUUAAGAAUCUAAGCAUCCUGCAGGAAACAUGAAGACAGCCAACAGUAUUUCACUGGUAGAAAGCAAACUUGCUUGUCCGGAAAAUACUCGUGACGAUGGUGAUGGUUUGGAAGAGGCCAAUAUACAGCUUAGCGAGAUCGUAGUGAAGAAAGCAGAUGAUGUAAAUCACAUGGUUAAUAUUUCCAAGCAUGAAGAACCCUUGAGUCCAGCGGCAUGCAUCGCCUCUAAUACAUUGGUAGAUAGUUACAUCUUAACCAUUGUGGGAUUCAAAAAAGAAAUCGACAUCAAUUCGUUGAAAAUUUCACUGCAAAAUAAUCUGGGAGAGCACCAAAGAUUCUCUAGCAUUGUGGUAAAGGACAAGCACAACAAUCUGAAGUGGUGUUUAAGAGAGGUGGUGAUAGAGGAACAUGUUAUUGUUCCUAGCCUAAGCCCCUCAAUUGCAGAAAAUCCCUACCUUGUGAAUGAAUAUACAAGCUCUUUGGUGACUGCUCCUCCUCUCAAUCCAUGCAAGCCUCUUUGGGAAGUUCAUGUAUUGAAUGUUCCAUCCGAGGAUGCAGCAGCCAGCCUUGUGUUCAGAAUCCAUCAUUCACUUGGAGAUUGUAUCUCUAUGGUAUCCCUAAUUCUCAAUUCCACAAGCAAAGCCAACAAUAAUUCUCAAGCCCCACCCACCAUUCCACAACGUACAACCGCUGACCAAAGACCCAAAGGUUUUCUGCAAAUUGUGUACAAUGUGCUUGUCAGGCUUUGGCUUACAUUCGUUUUUCUGCACGAGGUUGGGAUCACUCUGCUAUGGAAACAUGAUAGGAAUUUAUUGAUAGGAGGAAGGAGAGCUGAUGUUUGUUCAAAGCGUCUGGCUUACGUGACUCUCGGCAUGGAUGAUAUCUGCUUUGUUAAAAAAGCAGUGAAUGGGGCAUUGAAUGAUGUCAUUAUGGGAGCGCUCUCUGCUGGACUCGUCCGCUAUAUGAGCAGACAACAAAAUGAUCAAGUUAAAAAUAACUCGGUCCCACAAAGAGCGACAACACAUAAGAAUUCAAGACUGCGAGCAAUGGUGGCAGUAAAUAUGAGGCAGUUUCCCAUACUUAAGGAUCUGGAUAGGAACAUGAAAAGCCCAUCGAAAGCUAUGUGGGGUAACAAACUAGGUUUCUGGAUGUUUCCUUUUCCGAUGUCUCACUAUGGAGAUCCCCUUCAAUACUGUCGUGAUACAACAAUGAUGUCAAGGAAGAAGAAGUUAUCUUUCGAGGCCUCUGCCUCAUACGCCAUAAGCAAGUACAUGCCAACUAAGUUGGCGGCAUAUUUAUCCAAGAAAUUUACCACAAUACUUACAUUGGGCUUCUCCAAUGUAAUGGGGCCAGUGGAAGAGAUUCAAUACGGGGAUAACCCAGUUGCUCACAUUAUUCCUACGGCCCACGUUAACAAUUGUUCGAUAGUGAUACAUUUCAUAAGCUAUGGUGGAAAAGGGAAGCUGGUUGCAUUAGUCUCGGAAGACGUAGUUCCUGAUCCGCUUCAGCUUUGUCAGGAUUGCGCCGACGCUCUCCAACUCAUGAAACAAGCCGCACAUGGAACUUCAGUGCAUUCAUCUUGAAUGUUCACUUACCUCUGUUUUUUCCAUUUGCGAUACCUAUAUAAAUCUCUAGUGUUGCAAGGAGGAGUUUUGGUGAGGUUGUCAGCAAUUCAUCAGGAACAAAACUACAAUUCCACUUGCUCAUCUUAUCUUGAACCAAAUCACAAAUGAAAUGAUAUUAAUCUCUAUAUGUUUGGUUCUAACAUGAAAUAAAGGAUCUUUGGUCAUUACAAUAGUA